CAUCACUAGCAAAAAAAACGCAAAGUCGGCGUUCGUUCAUGACAAUCAUUUUCAACAAGAAAUUAUUUUCCAAGAUUUCUCAGCAAAAAUAGAAAAAUGUCGGCCCGGUAUGAUAGAGCUAUCACUGUAUUCUCGCCUGACGGCCAUUUGCUGCAAGUAGAGUACGCUCAAGAAGCUGUUCGUAAGGGGUCUACUGCAGUCGGCGUUAGAGGAAACGAUGUUGUGGUCUUAGGAGUUGAGAAAAAGUCGGUGGCAAAGUUACAAGAAGAGAGAACAGUGAGGAAAAUAUGUUUGUUGGACGAUCACGUCGUAAUGGCAUUCGCCGGAUUGACCGCUGAUGCUCGAAUCCUCAUUAACAGAGCCCAAAUUGAAUGCCAAUCUCACAAACUCACUGUGGAAGAUCCUGUGACCUUAGAGUAUAUCACGAGAUACAUUGCCGGCUUGAAGCAGAAAUAUACUCAGAGCAAUGGUCGCCGUCCCUUCGGUAUAUCAUGUCUGAUUGGUGGGUUUGACUAUGAUGGUCAUCCCCACUUGUUCCAGACUGAACCAUCAGGUAUAUACUAUGAGUGGAAAGCUAAUGCCACAGGGAGAUCAGCAAAAACUGUAAGAGAAUUUCUUGAGAAGAACUAUACCCCAGAAGAAGUGGCUUCAGAAAAAGGUGCAGUGAAGCUGGCCAUUCGUGCACUUCUUGAAGUGGUUCAAUCUGGACAAAAGAAUUUGGAAAUAGCUGUGAUGAGACGCGGGCAACCUAUGCAAAUGCUAGACUUGGAAACUAUCAACUCGUAUGUAUCAGUGAUUGAAAAGGAGAAGGAAGAAGAGGCGGAAAAGAAAAAGCAGAAGAAGUAAUAAAUAAACUAAUGUUAUUAUUUACUUUAACAUCUUUUUAACAUUAAAUUUGUAAAAAUUAA